UGCCCGCCCCUCCCCCGCCCAGCACUUGCCAUUCCCUGCGCGUCCCCGCCCGCCUGGCUGUGCGUCCUCCCCGCUGCCUGCCGAGCUCGCCCGCUGCUCGGUCCUCCUUCUCGCCUCGCGUCCUCGCCGCGGCAAUACCAUGGCCAGCACAUUCGCCCGCGCCCUCUCCGCCCGGAGAUCUGCCGGCCUCCUGGCCCUGGUGGGCGCAGCCGGCUCGGUGGCUGCGGGGGGCUUCCUCCUCUCCCGGGACCCGGUGGGCGCCGCGGCAGCUAAGCGGCGCCUCUAUCCGCCCAGCGCCGAGUACCCGGAUCUGCGCAAACACAACAACUGCAUGGCCAGCAACCUGACCCCGGCCAUCUAUGCCCGGCUCAGUGACAGAGCCACGCCCAAUGGCUGGACCCUGGACCAGUGCAUCCAGACCGGGGUGGACAACCCCGGGCACCCCUUCAUCAAGACGGUGGGCAUGGUGGCAGGUGACGAGGAGUCCUAUGAGGUCUUUGCUGAGGUGUUCGACCCGGUGAUCGAGGAGCGGCACAACGGCUACAACCCCCACACCAUGAAGCACCCCACAGACCUGGAAGCCAGUAAGAUCAAGGCCGGCCACUUCGACGAGCGCUACGUGCUGUCCUCGCGGGUGCGGACUGGCCGCAGCAUCCGCGGCCUCAGCUUGCCCCCGGCUUGCACCCGGGCCGAGCGGCGGGAGGUGGAGAAGGUCGCCGCCGAAGCCCUGAGCGGCCUGACCGGAGACCUGGCCGGGAGGUAUUACCGCCUCAGCGAGAUGACCGAGAAGGAGCAGCAGCAGCUCAUCGACGACCACUUCCUCUUCGACAAGCCCGUCUCCCCGUUGCUGACCGCGGCAGGCAUGGCGCGCGACUGGCCCGAUGCCCGCGGCAUCUGGCACAACAAUGAGAAGACCUUCCUGGUCUGGGUCAACGAGGAGGACCACACCCGCGUCAUCUCCAUGGAGAAGGGGGGCAACAUGAAGCGUGUCUUCGAGAGGUUCUGCCGGGGCCUGAAGGAGGUGGAGCGUUUGAUCCAGGAGAAGGGCUGGGAGUUCAUGUGGAAUGAGAGGCUGGGCUACAUCCUGACCUGCCCCUCCAACCUGGGCACGGGCUUGCGUGCUGGGGUGCACAUCAAGCUGCCCCUACUGAGCAAGGACAGCCGCUUCUCUAAGAUCCUAGAGAACCUGAGGCUGCAGAAACGGGGCACAGGUGGGGUGGACACAGCCGCCACGGGGAGCACCUUUGACAUCUCCAACCUGGACCGCCUGGGCAAAUCGGAGGUGGAGCUGGUGCAGCUGGUGAUUGACGGCGUGAACUACCUGAUCGACUGCGAGCGGCGCCUGGAGCGUGGCCAGGACAUCCGCAUCCCGUCGCCUGUGCCGCAGUUCCGCAGCUGAGCCUAGUGCCUGGAGACCAGGCUCUGCAGGCCCCUCCUGCAUGUGUAACCCGGGGCGGCCUUGCAGCUCGUGAGGCUCUGCGCCCCUCCCAUAAACCUCCAGCGGCUGUGAUGAGACCCUU